GCCGGCCCGUCCUGCUUGCUCUCUGACCGGCCAUUCACCGGACAGACCCCCGCCGACACCACGGUCAUCUGGAACACGACGAGGAAGACCGGACCCACCUCGCGAACAAGAGAUCUGGGCAGCAUCAAUAAGCGCCACGGAUCUUGAACCACUGUGAUAGUCCGGGCCGCUGCUUCCCUCCGCGGUCGCUCCAGCAACACCGAGGGAAAGAUGUGAAUCCAGUCCGAACGCUAAACUUGGACCGAGCUGCGCCCCUUUUCCACACGCCAGUCUCGCACUUCCAGACGGACCGUUAGAUCCACGCAGUGGAGGACUUCAGUUUGAGAUCGGCAUCAGAUAAUCUCUGUACAACCACCGAGCCUGACAUCUGAACCGCAGUCCGAGAGGAAGGACACGAUGCUGUCAGGGCUGAGUGAGUGGUUCUGGCAGGAGCGGCUGUGGUUUCCAGAGGGUCUGGGGUGGGCUGACCUGGAGGACCGGGAUGGACGGAUAUACGCCAAAGCCAGCGAUCUCUGGGCGGCUCUGCCCAUCGCUCUUGUAUUUCUAAUUGUGCGUCAGGUCUUCGAAAGGACCGUUGCUACACCUUUAGCGGCUGUCCUCGGUGUGAAAGAAACAAAAAGGUUCAAAGUCCCUCACAACCCCAUCCUGGAGUCGUACUACUGUGACAUCAACAAACACCCCUCACAGAUCUCAACAGUGAGUCUGAGCAAACAGACUGGUUUCUCAGAGCGACAGGUGCAGCGCUGGUUCAGGAGACGGAGAAAUCAGGACCGACCGAGUCUGCUGAAAAAGUUCAGAGAAGCCAGUUGGAGAUUUACCUUUUACCUUCUUGCUUUCAUUGCUGGCCUGGCCGCACUCGUGGAUAAACCAUGGCUGUACGACUUGAAGGAGAUGUGGGAAGGCUUCCCUGUGCUGACUUUGCUACCAUCUCAGUAUUGGUACUACAUGAUCGAACUUGGAUUCUACAGCUCUCUACUCUUCAGCGUGGCGUCUGAUGUUAAACGUAAAGACUUUAAGGAACAGAUUGUCCACCAUGUUGCUACCAUCCUCCUCAUCAGCUUCUCCUGGUGUGUCAACUACAUCCGUGCUGGAACUCUCAUCAUGCUGGUGCAUGAUUCCUCCGAUUACCUUCUGGAGUCUGCAAAGAUGUUCAACUAUGCUGGGUGGCGAAAUGCCUGCAACUACAUCUUCAUAGUUUUUGCUGCCGUUUUCAUCGUCACUCGUCUCUUCAUCUUCCCUUUCCGGAUUCUAUACUGCACGUGGGUGUAUCCAGUGACUGUCUAUGAACCCUUUUUUGGGUACUACUUUUUUAAUGGUCUUUUGAUGGUGUUGCAAUGCCUACAUAUCUUCUGGGCCAUCCUCAUCAUACGGAUAGCGGUGCGAUUCCUUAGCAACAACGAAAAGGUAGAUGAUGAAAGGAGCGACAAGGAAGAGACUGAGUCAGAAGAUGAGGAUGAGGAGAGGGAGGAAAAAAGUGUGCUGAAAAACGGGCCGGUGCAGAAUGGUCACACAGUGCACAACAAUAACCACAGCAAGAAAGAGUGAAAAGUAUCAGACGGACUCAUGCCCUGCUGCAGAAGAAGGGGUGAUGCAGAAAGGGGGGGUGGGAGGAAUUCCUUAAGACCAAGAACAACAAGUACCUGAAGAAAAAAACGACACUGUUAUAUUUGCACAGCGCACACACACAUUUCGUUCUACUUUUUAGGGGGCACAACGUUCCUGUGGGUGAUACACACUACAUGAAGUGGACCAGCUUUUCCGCUGAGUCAUGUGUUGUCAUUGUUGCCAGUCCCCUGAUGUUAAAGAGACAGGAAGGAAAAUGGAGAGGACAUCAGAGGGGAGUGAUGCUCUAUGAUAGCUUUCCUUGUCCGUUUCGUGCCUUAGAGUGGAGUUAUGGCCUUUAAAGAUGGCGAUUUGAAAAUGCGCUUUUCUCAUCUUUUUGCGUCGUUGGACCAAGAGUCCUGUGAAAUUGAGAAACAGCAUUUAACUGCUUACAUUUCUGUCUAUGCAAAUAUGUGUUUGUUCUGUGAUUGCGGCGUCCUUGCACGGAUCCACAGUGUUUCUUAAUGGUCUGGCGCAAGGACAGUUAGUCUCUACUUUCCAAAGUGGCCUGUCAUGAGUCUGCCUGUGCCUGGCAGUUGAACAGCUCAUUUAGUGUUUGAUGACAUCAACCAAUACCAGGAAUAGAUAAAUCCCGCAUAUCCUGUCGUGCUAUUCUGCAUUCAUCUCAGCUGCCAAAAAUGUUUCACCUCUUGAUCUCCACGUCAGUCUUGGAAAUGAGAUCUGACGGUCUGACACUAGCGUUUCAGAUGAACCGGAGUGUCCUGUAGCGUACUUGUCAGAGCCGAAUGUUUGUCUGUCACAGCUGAAGCAGUUGCGAGCAGAAUGGCACCAAUGAUGCCACCCACAGCAAAUUCAAAUGUACACAGUGAUGGUAGAGAAAAUAUAGUUCAGUUACUGGCAUCUGCAAACGAGGGGUGAUUCCUAUGGAUUAAAAAAAAAAACACAAACAAAAAAAACGUAAUAUGACCGAUUAAUGAGUGAUUUAAAAACGGUUUACAAAUGAUGUAGAAAGUGUUUGAGUUUUAGGCCUUUGAUAAUGAAAUUAUCUUUUGCAAUGAUGUUGCCAUGCUUUAAUGUUUUUGUAUAUUAAGUGCCUUAUCUGUCAUGCAAGGGAUGCUCUCUCCUCUCUUUAUGUCCUCUGCUCUUUUCUGUCUCCACCUCACUUGCAUGUCCUCUCCUGUCACUCAGCUUCCUCUCUCACAACCAUGACCUUCCUGUCAGGAGGAAAAACUCUCAUUCAGCUGCCACACCCAUUGUUACUAACUCUGACCUACCAGCAACCAAUCAUCCCUGGUGACAUCGAUAGAACAGAAGUGUCUCAAUUACAGUGUUAUUAUUAUGUUGUUUAAUGAUGCAUAAGUAUUGUUAUUAAUAAUAAAAUCAAAAAUCAUAAACCACAAGUAUUCUGUUGUC